CCAAAUAAAUAGUUAUAUGUGUAAUUUAUAUGUUAAAACUUCGAAACAUGUACUUUUUUAUAGUUUAUAAAUGAUUUGACUGUUAGAUAUGCAAAAAAACCUUCUGAGGUGAAGUGGAACCUUUGAACUGAGUUAGCUUUUACGUCAGGGUUUAAUUUUUAGCAGCGCAGGAAGAUCAGCUGCUGUCAAAUUCAAGCAAAGUUGCAGUACAAAUAAAGACGUUUAUCGCGUAAUUGAAAUGCUUAAAUAAAAAAUACAGUAGAUAUUGGUGAAUUCCACAGAAUUAAAGAAACUUGGUUUGUUGAAAGUUUCAUAUUGGGCUGUUGAGAUUGUGUUGCCGUCAGUAGUUCAAAGUCUGCGCGUUCAUUCAGCGUAAACAACGUCGUGCUGUAUUGAUGGCAGAUCCCGGUAACAGCUCCACUCUCCCCAAAACGCUCAACUUUAACGUCGGUGUCCUCGGCCAUGUGGACAGCGGCAAAACGUCGCUUGCCCGGGCGCUUAGCAGCACCGCAUCCACCGCAGCUUUCGACAAGAACCCGCAGUCCAAAGAACGAGGCAUCACGCUGGAUCUCGGGUUCAGUGCGUUUACAGUACCUUUUCCUGAACACCUAAGUGAAACUUGCGGGGACCGAAAAUAUGAGAGUCUCCAGUUCACACUGGUCGACUGCCCGGGCCAUGCCUCCCUCAUACGCACCAUAAUCGGGGGCGCUCAGAUCAUUGAUCUGAUGAUUUUGGUGGUUGACAUUGUCAAAGGUAUGCAGACGCAAACAGCAGAGUGCCUUCUGAUAGGUCAGCUCACCUGCUCCCGCAUGGUGGUCAUCCUCAACAAAAUCGACCUGUUGCCUAGUGACAAGAGACAAGGGGCCAUUGACAAGAUGACCAAGAGGAUGCACAAAACUCUUGAGAACACUAGAUUUAAAGACUGCCCUGUGAUUGCUGUGGCAGCAAAACCAGGUGGUCCUGAGGCUCCUGAUACAGAGGAGGCACAAGGAAUCACUGACCUUAUAGAAUUACUGAAGGCCCAGGCCUUCCUCCCUCAUAGAGAUCCAUCAGGGGCUCUUCUGAUGGCAGUAGAUCACUGCUUUUCCAUCCGUGGCCAGGGAACAGUCAUUACCGGCACCAUCCUACAAGGAUCGCUCAGUGUCAACGAUACUGUGGAGAUACCGGCUUUAAAGGUCACCCGCAAAGUGAAAUCUGUCCAGAUGUUUCGUAAGCCAGUUUCCAGUGCCAUACAGGGUGACCGGGUUGGUGUGUGCGUGACACAGUUUGACCCAAAGCUGUUGGAACGAGGUGUAGUAUGCACACCGGGUUCUUUACGAACUCUGUACGCUGCUGUUAUAUCCGUCCAAAAAAUCGAAUACUAUCGCGGUGCGCUAAGCAGCCGCGCAAAGUUUCACAUCACCAUCGGACACGAAACCGUCAUGGCGCGCAUUUCGUUCUUCAAUCGAGUGCUUCCCGGGAACCAAAAUGGAGACUCCCAAGACUCUUUCUCUUUUGCCUGGGAAUUUCACCACCUGGAUGAGUAUUUGACUUGUCAGGCAGAAGGUGAGAGACGGGAGCCACAGCAAUGGGCGUUGCUCGAGUUCGAAAGGCCGGUCACGUGUCCCCCGCUCUGCUUAGUGAUUGGGUCACGGCUGGAUUCGGAUAUUCACGGUAACACAUGCAGGCUCGCCUUUCACGGAAAGCUGCUGGAAGGGUUCGAGGACAAAAACUACACGGAAACAGCGCUGCCUCGACUCAAAAUCAGCAAAAACAAGCAGAAGGAGGGGGCGGUGGAACGGGUGACUGAUGACUACACUGUGAUUGGUCGAAACCUGUUUAAGAAGGAGACCAACCUUCAGCUGUUUGUGAAUUUAAAAGUUACACUGUCGACUGGAGAAACGGGGACUAUUGAAGGUGGCUUUGGACAGAGCGGCAAGAUCAAAAUCAGAAUACCAGAGGGUUUGAAAGAAGAAACCAAGCAGCUUCUGUCCUCUACCUCUAAGAAAAAGGGCAAGGGUGGGACCAAAAAUGAAUCACCCAAAUCAGAGGAAACCAAACAUGACUCUCAGCCAGUCACCAUUCACCUGAACUUUAAACGUUACAUUUACGAUCCCCAUAAAAAAAUGGUGCAGUCCUGACACUCACAAUGGUGAUUCUGGGUGAGACCACUUAAGAAGAGUGCAAAGGGGAGGUUGCAAAAACAACAGCGUGCUGACUAGUCAUAUCAAAUUCUGAAUAUAUAGUAAUAUGGUGCGAGUUGGCAUCUUUUGUUUGUUGUCUUAUAUUCUUUUACUUUACAUAUGGAAUAGUUAAAUCAAAUACAGGGAAAAGGCAUCUUUGUGACACACUAUGGAUUUCUAUUAAAGAUGUUGUUUGAUUGGUCUCACACAACCUUUUAGGUUUCUUUUAGGUUAGAUUUUGAUUGCAAAAUCUAUAUGAGAGUGAGAAGGGUUAUGCAUAGAGGUUUGUAUGUAUACACACAUCUUUCUCUUGGAAAACACACAUUUAUAAAUGCUCAUUUUUCCAAUCCACAACUGUGUAUGUGUGUGUGCUAGUGCCUUGUAUUUGUAUGCAAAUGUGAUUAUUUUUCAAUUAAAUAAAUAAAUAAAGAUAAAGAAAUACAACUCAGAAAAAACAAGGCUUAACCUUUAAAACAAUUUUAUCAUUGUUUAUGAUUUUGCAUUAAAGAUUUGCAUAUCUAUUCCUGCUUCAUUAUGGCAAAAAGCAACUGUACCUAAAUACUAAAUGCCACCUGUAUUAAACUUCCCUGUUUGUACCUGA